UAUGAUUUAUGCGUGCAUUUAUGGAUACUAAUAAUUACUAAAGCAGCUCAAUAAAUCCAUUAUCUCCAUCCCCUAGUUAUAUAGAGUCUACGUCCGAGUUUCAAUUCUCAUUCAGUCUUCGAUCAAUUCUCCAGCACUCCACCCUUCUAACGAACUUUCCUCAAUUCAUUUUGCCUUAUUGAAUGGAGAUGUCAACAAUAAUGUUCUACUGGUUCCUUCUUUGUGCUGCUCUGAUUGUUGACCCAUCAAAGGCUGACAAAAAUGUUACCAAGACUUUGAUACCGAGCGCCGUUGCUGAAGGAGCCGUGUGUUUGGACGGAAGCCCGCCCGCGUACCAUUACGAUGCAGGCAAAGGUUCCGGUGCACGUAACUGGCUGGUCCAUCUGGGAGUGAGUUUACUUUUUACUAGUAUCAUUUAUCAAAUGUUAAUUAAUGGAAAUUAUUAAAAAUCACAAUAGCUUGCUUCUUUUGUGAACUUUAUUCUAAAAUAAUAUCCUGAGUUUUUUUUUUUUUUUGCUUCGCAUGGCAUGUCUGUUUUAGAGGAUUGAAAAGUUUAAUUCAUUGUGCCAAAUUAAGAAAUUUCCACACUAUGCGUGUGGAAACACGCAUAGUUAUGAUUAUGAUCAUUAGUAGUAACUCAAGCUGUAUCAUUUAGUGAUAUGUCUGGCAGCGCCAUCAGCUCCAUUUUCACAAUUCUGCAUGUAGUAAUUGUUCUUUUAAUUUGUACUGUCAUAAUUUAAUUACUAAAAUUAUAAGCACAAUAUAUAAGAAGUUCAUAAAAAUGUUAACCUAGAGACCUACUGUCAUUGCAUUUAAUCUAAUUAAAAGCUUUUCCAUUUAAUUAAAGCUGACCAUAUUUUUAAUAGAUAGAAAUAUCGGGACAUAUUUGUAAUUCUCUUAUUUUAUCUGUUUAGUAUAAAUAUACCAUCAGGGCUCCCUUUUAGGGUAAGCCAUUAUUCCAUAAUAUUGUAUAUGGUAUCAGUCGCCUAGGUUUUCCUCUCUUCCGCAAAAUAUGUCGCACGAUACCUCCGCCUCAGGCAUCACUGCUGCCGCCGGGUCCUCCACCCCUGUUCCGGCUUCUUUUUCUUCGGCGGUUGUAACCAGUUCCAGCACGGCGCCCUCCUCCAAUCUUCAGCUGCAGCCAUUCUCUUCUUCCUCGCUGGAUUUCUCUUCCCCAUCUGUUCGACGUUUUGGGUCCAUACAUGAUCCCCCUGUUCUGCCUUCACUGGACUCCCAUCGGAUGUUUGGUAUGCCUACUCCUUUCACGUGGAAUCCAACACCAAUUGUACCCACUCUUCCGCCGAUAACAGCACCGAUUGGACCUCCUCCUGUAUUGCUUGGCUCAUACUCUUCACAGAGCCUUCCCCUUCUCUCCACCACUCAGCCGGGUCCUUCAUCGUCUUCAUUGCCUACGUUUACCGGUGUUACUUUCUCUGGACAGCCAGGCACAUCUCCUCUUACGCCGCAUCAGUCCGCUCUCACGCCAGGUUUUUCCCUUGCUUCUUCCUUUUUGGGUUCCUUGGCUUCUCAACUGACCUUCUCCACGCCUAAUGUGACAAAUAUUGUCACUACUCGGUUGAAGGCAGUUGAGGACUACCUCCCUUGGCGUACCCAAUUCGAAUCCUUUCUGGUUUCCCACAGUCUUCUUGGGAUUCUAGAUGGUUCCGUUUUGGCUCCGCCACAAGUUUUGACUGAUGAACAUCACAGGGAGGUACCCAAUCCCGAGUAUCAUUACUGGCUUAAGAUUGAUCAAACUGUCCGGUCCUGGCUAUUUGCUACAUUAUCACGCGACAUUCUCAUGGAGGUAUACGAUUUAAAAUUUUCUGCACGUAUUUGGGAGUCUCUUGAAACAUGUUUUAUGUCUGCUUGUUUGGCUCGAUCUAUAGAGCUUAAACGCCAACUGUCUCAUAUAAAGAAGAAAGAGUCCCAAACCAUUGACCAAUAUUUAUUGGAAGUUAAAUUAUUGGCUGAUAAUCUUAAUUCCAUUAAUUCACCCGUAAGCAACCGUGAUGUCAUUGAAUAUACCAUUAAUGGUUUAGGGCCAGAUUAUGAGUCCUUAAUCAGCAUUAUUUCCUACAUUCCGGGUAAUGCCACCAUUGAAUCUCUGCGGCCUGUUCUUCUUGCUCAAGAGCAAAGGAAUCAAUUUCUCCGUUCUCAAGAUAUGGCUCCAGCUCACCAGGCUUUUGCGGCUGCCCCAGCAGCUCCCGCAGUUCCAGCCGGUCAGAAUCGAGGGGGUGCAGCGCCUGCGGCUCGUGGACAGGGAGGUCGAGCUCCAGCCGGACGCGGGUAUCGCGGGGGCCGUGGUCGUGGGCAACGCGGCAGGGGCCGUGGGUAUGGUGUUCAGUUCCAGCACCAGCAGGCCGUCUAUGGAAAUCAGCAGGCUCCUCUUCUGCCGUUACCACCAUUUGGUCAGUAUGGACCCCCUCGGGUGCAGGCUCCAGCUGGCAAUCCAGGUUCGGUGUUAUGUAAUAUUAAGUCUGGUUAUUCGUACUUAAAUCACUUCUAUACUUGUUGUUAGACCCCAGAUUUUGAUGAACUGUUUUGAUGAUGCCAAAAGCUUUUGUUAUCUCCCCUCUAUUUGUAGCAUUCUUAUAAGUUUGGAAAAUGUAGUAGUCUUGGUUAUCCUCUACUGUAACAUCUUGAAAUUGACUAGUACUAAGAAAACCUAUCUAGAUGUGUCUUGCUCCUU